UGUGUGUGUGUGUGCAGAAGGUCGAACAAUGACCAGCAGAGAGUGAUGGAGGCCUUAUGGUACACAGCUCAGGUUUGCUCUCCAGCUUAGUGCUUUAUUGAGCCGUGAUGGGCUCUAAUCUCGCCUGAUCCUCUGUCACUACAAGCAUAUGUCUGUGAUAAUGCUCUCAUUUUCUGGUCACCUGAGCACUUUCAUGGAGUGCAUCCCAGGAGGCGGCAGAAAGGGGGUCUCUAAGGCUUUGGAAAGAGAUGAGACGUGGACGUAGGGUCCUGAAAGGCGGCACCUAGAGAAGAAAGUCAAACACACUAAUGCAGGGUUAACAUCUGAAGGAUUAGAUGGAAACAUGGAAGGUGGCUUCUCUUGCAAAAGCUCAGAGAUCCUUGCGUCUCUCUGUGUGGCCCGUUGCCUACACAAACACAUGAAUAAGAAUAUAAAUGACUGGGUGAACAGGAUUUACUCGGCUCAGAUGAAUGAAAAAGGAGUGGGAGAAGACCUGAUAGCAUUCCAGUGUGCAGCUAGAUCCUCAUUAGAGCCGUACGCAUGGUGGUUGUACUUUCACCGAUUUGGGCAGUUUUUUUUAUUAUAUUUUACAUUUCUAUCCUAUCUCACAAUCAGAUUUUCUACGACACUGGGUGAUGUUUCUUUGAAAACUAUCUUUAUAUUCUGUUUUUUUCCUCUUGGUGUGAAAUCACAACGCCAUUAAGAGCUCUGGAAAACUGGACCUUUGUGUCCAACCUCGUUAAUUAGAAUCUGACCCAAUUAACUAACGAAGGAGAAUCCUGCCGCCAUGUUGGCUCCGAGCCCAGCAGCGGGAAAAUCCAUAUGCUCCAAAUAACUGGCUUAUGUUCGCUCUCAAGGUUCCCCCAAUUAUAAUAUCGCCCAACAUGGCUUAGUCUCGGCCCCCUGUGGGCCCCAAUGGAGCGGCGGUGGGGGGUCUCCAGAACCUUCUUGAAUCUUGCUUUCCUUUCAAGUCCAUGAGUGGAAUCGAUUUAGGUGGACUUUGUGCUUUGAGAUCCUACACACGCACACACACAUGCACACACACACACACACACACACACGCACACACACAUGCACACACACACACACACACGCACACACACACAUGCACACACACACCAGGAGGUUGGGACAUUGGUACACUUUAUUUUAUGGGGCCAUGCUUGGAUUACCUACAUGUGUAACUUAAUCCCACGGAGAAGUGUAAUUCUCUGCGUGUAAACAAUCCGGUGUUCCGUUUGCUCGCACCGAUCUGGGCUUUGGUUCACUCUGCUGCUCCUGCACGGAGCAGGCUGCAGGAACACUGUAAAUCAACUGAGUUUAUCUCCUUGAAUACAUUUCAAACCAGACGGAGAGCCGCUGAGACGGAUUCUGCCGUCUGUGAUUUAGUACUUGACACGUCUGUGUAACUGAAACAUUUGUAACUGUAACUUUUGCUGCCUCUUGGCCAGGACUCCCUUCAAAAUGAGGUUUUUAAUCUCAAAGGGACCUUCCUAAAUAAAGAAUACAGCAAAUAAAAAAAGAAACAUGAAAGUGAACAAUGCUAGAGUAAACCCAACUCUAAUUUUACCAGAAUCUAUGGAAGGUCUUUUUUUUUCUCAUAAAACGCAACAAAGAAGAAAUUCUUCUUGGGAUUUAAGAGGGAGUAAGUCUAUAAAUGAAUCUCUUUGAUGACGUUUUAAACAUUUAAAUCAUUUAAUUCCAGUAAAUGUGACGUAACUGUCUCGUGUGUCUGCGUUGUUGCAAAUCGGCACCAGUUUAAGUCUCUAAACCGGUUAUUUAACGUGUGCCUGGUGUGCAACAUGUCCAAGAUUUCUUCAACUACAUCCUGAAGUCACAACAAUUAAAUGAAAGUUGUCCAAAUCCAGGAGCGGCAUCCUUUUGAGUUGGUAUUUUACAGCUGGUUACAUCACAGCAGCAACAUGGCUGCUCAGAUUUGAAGGAAACUCAGACGCCUCCUCGGACGAGUCUGGUGUAUCCUCACCGGAAAAGCUACCUCCCCCUUGACUGAAGGACCCCCCACUCCAGUGAUAGUGAUGUAAUUUCACAGACUGUUUGGAGUUGCAUUUAUUUGACCCUUUUUGUUUUAAGCUCCUGGUCAAAUUGUACCUAGUUUACCAUUAACGCUGCUCUUUGUGUGUUUAAGAGCCUCAUAUGGUGCCAAAUACCUUUCUCCAUGGAUACCGUAUGUAAAUACGGCCCUGAAGGCAUCAUCUAUCUGGUGUCGUGGAGGACGGUAAUAAAAAUGGUGGCCUGUUGAGCUCACAGGCUAAAACUCUCACUUUCUCUUCUCUUAAAGAAAUGAUGGGAAAAAUAGAUUAAGUUUCUUUUCAUCAUUGAAGUUUUUAAGCAUGUGUGCUUGAUUCUUGUGUGUUUGGAUUAACACAACAUGAGAACGUCCCCUCUUUUUGGUUAUUAUGUGGGGGAUUCAUCGGGUUAGUUAAAAGGGUGUGGGAAGGUGAAGCGGGGGCUGCAGGAAGGAGGUGUUAGAGGGGGGUGAAAGUGUGUCCCUUCUGCAAUUGGUUGUGUCCCUAAGUGUCUCAUUAUGCAGCUUAUUGUUCCUUUGUUGUGUCCGGAAUAUAAAUGCACACCAGCAGGCCCAAGGGGUGACAGAUUUUAACCACUCUCACUUCUGUGGACGUCCGCCCGAGCAGCGCGGACCUCUCUAGGAAACUUCCAGACCUCAGAGUUUAGUCUUGAGCCUUCUGAGUUGUUGCAGCUUUUGGGCACUUUGCCUAAAUUAUUUUACCAAGAUGGAUUCGGACGCCAGCUCCAUCUGCAGCCGCUCCUCCUCUCCAGACCUGGUGGUUGACGACUCUGCUGGGGGUUUCUUCUCCAACAAGAUGUUCCAGAAAUUCUGCCAGGAGAACAGGCAACGCGGCGCUGCCGGCGAAAGUGGAAUGGAGUGCUGCAGUGGAGGGAAGACCAAAGGCAGGUCUGAGCUCAGCAAGGAGGAGAUGCAAGACCUGAGGCUCAAAGUCAACAGUCGAGAGCGGAAGAGGAUGCACGACCUGAACCAGGCGAUGGACGGCCUGAGGGAGGUCAUGCCGUACGCUCACGGACCGUCUGUGAGGAAACUCUCAAAAAUCUCCACCUUGCUGUUGGCUCGCAAUUACAUCCUGAUGCUGUCCAGCUCCUUGGAGGAGAUGAAGAAACUGGUUGGGGAUGUUUAUAGCAGCAGCGCUGUUGCCCAGAGCCGCUCCUCAGCCCACCACGGCAUGACUCCUGCAGCCACAUCAGCCCACCUCCCUCUCCAUCCUCUGGCUCAAUCGCUGCACUCCCUGGUGGGCAGCACGCCUACAGCUCUGCAGCAUCACUCCUCUUCUCCCUCUUCAGCUCCAGCCCCGCACUCCCCUCCAUCAGCCAGCUUCCUGGGCUUCCACGCUCCCGUUCAGGGCCUUCUGAAGGACCCGCUCCACCUGGGCAGCUCCUACAGGCACUUCCCCGGGAUGCCCUGCCCGUGUGCUCUCUGCCAGCCUCUGCCCACGGCCACCUCCACAUUACACAGCUUGUCCAUGAACAAAUGAGCAGAACGCUCUCAACACUGACUGACGACUGCUGUUUGGAUUCCUGCUAGAGGUGAAAGGACUAAUGACUCGCUGGCCGGUGCCGAACUUGUACAUUGUGUGAAUAUGAACUGCUGCUAUGCGUCUCAUCUGCUUUUCUGACACAACGUUCUGAAUGCACCGUGGAUGUUCUUUUAUCGGAGCAGCAAAGUCUGUAAUUUAUCUGAUGUUUUUAAGAGCAGAUGUUUGAAUUGGUGCAGGAUUUCUAUUUUCAUACAUUAAAAUACAUUUUAAAGCUUA